CCCUAUGCCCCCACGUCCCAGCAGAUGGCACCUCCUAGUCCGAGCAUAAGCAGUGGAAGCGGAGGAAAUGAACAGCUCAGCAAAACCAACCUGUACAUCAGGGGGUUACACCCGGGCACAACCGACCAGGACCUGGUCAAGCUCUGCCAACCUUACGGGAAAAUUGUCUCCACGAAGGCCAUUCUCGACAAAACAACAAACAAAUGCAAAGGCUACGGGUUUGUGGACUUUGAUAGCCCAGGGGCGGCUCAGAAGGCGGUGUCAGCACUGAAGGCCAGUGGGGUCCAAGCACAGAUGGCAAAGCAACAGGAACAAGACCCCACCAACCUGUACAUCUCUAACCUGCCACUCAGCAUGGACGAACAGGAGCUUCAGAACCUGCUGAAGCCCUUUGGGCAGGUCAUCUCCACCAGGGUGCUGAGGGACGCCAGCGGGAGCAGCCGAGGGGUGGGCUUUGCCAGGAUGGAAUCGACGGAGAAAUGUGAGGCAAUCAUUACUCAUUUCAAUGGGAAGUUCAUUAAGCUGCCACCAGGUGUCCCUACUCCCCUGGAACCUUUGCUGUGUAAGUUCGCAGAUGGAGGCCAGAAAAAGAGACAGAAUCAGAACAAGUACCUACAGAACGGGAGGUUGUGGCCCAGAGAUGGAGAUCCGGGUGGGAUGACACUGACUUACGACCCCACAACAGCUUUGCAAAACGAUUUUUAUUCCAACCCGUACAGUAUUGCUGCCAACAGGAUGAUCGCUCAGACGUCAAUCUCACCGUAUCUCACGUCUCCUAUGUCUUCUUACCAGGUUCACAGCCCCUCGUGGAUGCAUCACCAAUCGUACCUAAUGCAGCCAAUGGGAACGGUAAUAGCGCCCACAAUGGAUCACACGAUGUCUCUGCAGCCCACGUCCAUCAUGGGACCAUUAACACAGCAGCUCAAUCACCUCUCGCUGAGCAACACAGGGACGGUGAGCGCUGCUUACACAGCCAACGCCCUGGGCUCCUGGGGAAAGUACCUACCGACCACGCAGACUAUGCAAGGGGCAUUUAUUCCCCAAUACAGCCCGUUGCCUCCUAACAGCGUUUCUGUCGAGGAACCUAACGGCCAGCACCAGCAGGUUACAAUGGAGACGUCCUCUGAACAUGCAACGUAUUCCUACCAGCACAACAAAUAAAACUUCAGUUGUGUGAGUCGCGAGCGAGCAAGAGGGAAGAGAGAGAGGGAGAGAGAGAGAGAGAGAGAGAGAGACGGAGACAGCUUUUCUGAUGCAGCGAGGGCGCAAAACGAGUCUGCUCCGGAGAGAGAGAGAGAGAGAGAGAGAAAGCGAGAAAGAGAGAGA